UUACUAUAUUUUGCAUAAAAUAUAAGGUUAGCAUACAAUAACUAUGAAAUGAGCAGGUACCUGCCAGUUAUUUUAGUCUUAUUUUGAGAAUAUGCCACAGGUUGUCUGUUAAGUGAACGCGAUGUUAAACAUUUUCCACUCGCGAACUCAAUACUAAGGAAUUCGAUGAUGUUUCCUUUUAUAUAAAAGGUUUUUUUAAGGACGCUCAAUACGCAUGCAGUUGUAACGUGAUCUGCGGAUCGGUUAUAAAGUGUUCCGUAAUGUCGCUUGCUUUUCAAUUUCGUCUUUGCGGCUGAUAAUUUUAUUCUGUUUCAAGUGGUCACAAUGACAACAAAGCCGAUAUUGUAUUGUCGUUAUCCAUCUGAAAAAAGCUUACAUCCGCAGAUUGUCUGGCGUCCAGUACUCCUCAAGAUGCCAGGCAUUGUUAUUUAGGUCUAAAUCCUAAUGCACGGACGGAUUUCCGCCAGUUACACCUUUAACCUGGAUUGCGUGCGCUGACUCAAACGUUUUUGCAUCUUUAUACGCGAAACGUGCUGAACCUUGUAGUUCCCAGGCGCAGGCGACGAGGUAUUGAAUUAUGAUCAAAGAGGUUAACGUUACACUCACAUGAAACUUGAAAACGCGUCUUCCUUUGCCAUGGAAUAUAGAGCAGCUUUGGUGAUUAUUCAACUGACACUAGCGUCUGUGCAUUCACGCAAACCCUUACCAACCCUAAGUGACCAUCGCAUUAGUCUACAAUGCUUACAAGACUAUAUGCUGCUUGACAUGGACUUACAAGAUAUACCGAAACUAGAACCAAAUACCUUACAUCUGCGACACUUCUCGUGUAAACCACAGGUCACGAACACACGCGCCAUAUUUCAGGUACCCUUUCAAGGUUGCGGGACAACCCUCGUGACAGAACCGAACCAUAUCGUUUAUAAAAAUGUCGUGGAUAACUCGCAGCAAGUAAACGGGUCACGCGUGGCUGUCAGACACGCGCCAGAACUUUACUAUCCCUUCGCGUGUCGUUAUCGCCAAAAGUACAUCGUCACCUUGAAAGAAGGACAACAGGGCAAUCAAGGAAAUGACGAUGGUCAGGAAAAAGGAAAUCGGACAAGAGAAGAUACCCCUUCGGAAGUAUCCAAAAACAGCGUCUCAAGUUCUCACUGUCAUCACUUAAGUGUGCUUUUAUUUGGACUUCAACUUCUUAAAAUGUUGAAACAAGUCUUGAUUUGAUUGGAACCGUUGCGUCGGUCAAUAUCCCGGAUGCCAUGAGGAAGUAGGCGCCUUAGACAAGAAACGAAGUUGCCUCCUAGCUAUCACAGCUGCUUAGAGAAGUUCCCUUGAGAUAGGCUUCCACAGGCUACUUAAUGAAAUAAUCAUUGAGUAAUGCCCUACAGAUGGCUUAUUUUACGGUUCCUUGUUACACUGAACUAUACUGAACCCUCCAGCAAUUCACAGCGUGAACGAGUGUUUGUGCUCGAGUUUAUAUUCAAGUGUCAAGUUUGUACUUCGUCUAAAUCAUUCCCAAUCUCACCAUCCUUGUUCCUUCAAGAUUCGUCAUUAACUCUUUGAUGUUUUCCACCUAAUUAAACGAUUAUUUGAAGAAUCCCUUAUUGGGAUGAUAAGUCUAAAGCUCGACAAAAAAAAA